UACUGGGUGUCCCGCCCAGCGCUGACUGGCAGCUGUACUGUCUUGUGUGCAGUGUGGAGUUGCGCCUGCGUGCGUCCUGGGGCGCUCGAAGACCGAGGACACCCGGAUAUAAGGUGACCCGGAGACGCCUGCGGGGCAGUGCGGGCAUGACAGGAGACCCGGGGAGGAGGAGGGGGAGUGUAGGCCUUGGACGUCAACGUAACGGGAAGCGACUGGAGUAGAACUGGGACCGCCCAGUGAGGGCCUGAGGCGCCGGGACACGGACAAAGCCCGGGACCGCUUCCCCUGUGCCGCCAUGGAUGAACAGGAAGCUCUUAAGUCCAUUAUGAAAGAUCUGGUUGCCCUUCAGAUGGGCAGGCGAAUUCGAACAGGAGGGAUUGAAGGGGUGAAAACGAAGGCUAGCAGUCAGCCUAAUAAACAGAGUGAUGUAAGAAUAAAGUUUGAACACAAUGGGGAGAGACGGAUACUGCAAUUUCCUCGGCCAGUAAAGUAUGACGAUGUGGAGCAAAAGGUUAAAGUGGUGUUUGGACAGCAGAUGGAUCUCCAUUACAUGAACAAUGAGCUUUCUAUCCCCCUCAGGAGUCAGGAUGACCUGGACAAAGCUGUGGACCUUUUAGAUCGCAGCUCCAGUAUGAAAAGUCUUCGGAUUCUUCUUCUUUCUCAUGACAAGAACCAUACAUCCUCUACCCACUCAGGGAUCCAGAAACAAGUGCGGAUUAAAGCCUCUCAGUCCCUGGGUGAUGUAAACACUGCUUAUCAUUCUGCAGAGACCCGCAGCAGACACCUGUCUGUCAGUUCGCAGAACACUGGUCGUAGUUCUCCACCUCCUGGCUAUGUCCCUGAGAGACAGCAGAGGAUCGCUAGGCAGGGUUCAUAUACCAGCAUCAACAGUGAAGGAGAGUUCAUCCCUGAGACCAGUGAUCAGUGUAUGCUUGAUCCGCUGAGUAGUACAGAAAAUUCAGUAUCUGGCAGCUGUCAGUCUCUGGAUCAAUCGGAGGACAGCCCAUCAUUUAGGAAGUCUCGGAUGUCAAGAGCUCGGAGCUACCCAGAUAACAGGCAGGAUUUUUCAGAUCGAGAAAAUCAGUUCUAUGACAAAGCAGGGAAGGGUGGGACCUACCCUCGAAGAUAUCAUGUCUCUAUCCACCAUAAGGACUAUAAUGAUGGACGCAGAACAUUCCCGCGGAUCAGGCAUCCUCAAGGGAAUCUCUUCACACUUGUACCAUCUAGUCGUUCCUUAAGCACCAACGGAGAGAAUCUGGGCCUAUCUGUGCAGUAUUUGGAAACUCGCAACCGACUGCGGAGUGCAGACAGUGAGAACACACUGAGUGUACCAGAGAGGAACGUUUCCACCAAGUCUCCAAGUGCUCCCAUAAACUGGCGACGAGGGAAACUCCUGGGUCAAGGAGCCUUUGGCCGUGUAUACUUGUGCUAUGAUGUGGAUAUAGGACGUGAACUAGCAGCAAAACAGGUCCAGUUUGAUCCAGAUAGUCCAGAAACAAGCAAGGAGGUUAGUGCUCUGGAGUGUGAAAUCCAGCUGCUAAAGAAUCUGCAUCAUGAGAGAAUAGUGCAGUAUUAUGGCUGUUUACGUGACAAAGGAGAGAGGACGCUGACCAUUUUCAUGGAGUAUAUGCCAGGAGGAUCAGUGAAAGAUCAGCUGAAAGCUUAUGGCGCACUGACGGAAAACGUUACUCGCAGAUACACUCGUCAGAUCCUGGAGGGAGUCUCUUACCUUCACAGCAAUAUGAUUGUACACAGGGACAUAAAGGGAGCCAACAUUUUGCGGGACUCUGCAGGGAAUGUAAAGCUGGGAGACUUUGGAGCCAGUAAGAGGCUUCAGACUAUCUGCAUGUCAGGAACUGGAAUCCGCUCUGUGACUGGAACACCUUACUGGAUGAGCCCAGAGGUGAUCAGUGGGGAGGGUUACGGAAGGAAAGCAGAUGUCUGGAGCCUGGGAUGUACUGUAGUGGAAAUGUUGACAGAAAAACCUCCCUGGGCUGAAUAUGAAGCCAUGGCUGCCAUUUUUAAAAUUGCCACCCAGCCAACUAAUCCUCAGCUUCCUCCAAAUACAUCAGAGCAUUGCCGGGACUUUGUAAAGCGGAUACUGGUGGAGGCACGGCAGAGGCCGUCUGCUGAGGAGCUUCUCCGGCACCCUUUUGCUCAACUCACCUAUUGAGUCUCCGGAAAAGUGUUGUCCUACCCUCCAAUGUGGUCAUUCUCCAUGAGGAUGAAAUAUUUAAUGUUGAGGGAAGGUUCCAGAGACUCUAAUGAAGAGCGAAGACAAUCAUUCUCCUCCCAUACCUCGCUGUGUUCAGAGCAGGUUCUAGAUCCAGCAGCUGGGAGGGUCUAUGUCAGUAUUAAGAGCAUCAGAACAAUGGUUUACAUUGUAAUGAUGAAUUGACUAAAAAUGAUGCCUGAGGAAGAUCUCCUUGUGCAUCCAGCUAAGAGACUUGAUUUAAAAUUGGGAAAAAAAAUUUACAUCCAGAAAAGUUGAAACUACACCAGCCUCUCCAGUAAGGCUUUCUUCCACGUCUGAAACAAGUGCCUUACUACCUCUUCAUCUAGGAACCAGAAUAACACUGACCUGAUGGCCUGUUCUUUUGUCAGGGAUGGUGGGAAAUCCAGACGGCUGUACGUCACAAAACUUCCAGUAAUUGCACUCCAUGGCUUGUGUCCUGACCAAAUCUAAUGUUAUGAUUGCUUAUCAGCUCACCGUGGAAGGGUCCAACAAAGUGUGCCUUAGUGAGGAGUCUGUGAUAUAUGUUUACAAUCCUCUUCUGUAUUCCAAGAUAUUUUUAUACAAAACAUUUUAUUCUGUUCUUAAAUCUCCGUAGAUAAAAGAAUUGUCUAUAUACCAAACA